AUGAGAAAAUCUCUGUUUCUCACCGUGAGAAACAGAAGCGUUUCUCACGGUGGCAUUUCUGGUGAAUUGUUUUUGAUGGAGAAGACUGGUAUUAUGACCGAUAUUAUGGAAAUGGAAACUGAAGGCGUUAUUAGGGGCAGUGAGGUUGGUGUUGGUGAUUGUGGUAGUGUCGUGAAGUUUAGGAGUAAUGUUGAUAUGGAGGAGGAGGAGGGCAAUGAUAUGGAGGGUAUAGAAGACAUAGUUGUUGCAGAUAGUUGUGCUGAGGGUGUUGGUGCAGCUGACAUGAAUUUGAAUGUUAGGUAUUUAUCCCCCGUGAAAACAAUUCAUACGACUCACAUUGUGGUUGGUAGCAACGAAAUGCGUGUAACUGUUGAGGAGCCUAAGGAAGGGAUGGUUUUCCGGUCUUGGCAAGAGGUUGAAGCCUACUAUAAGGAGUAUGCUGAGCAGAUGGGGUUUGGAGUGUCAAGGGUUCAAGGCGUAAAUUCUAAGACGGCGGACAAACAAAGAAUUGCAAGCACGUGGCGGUGUGAGUGUUGGGGUAAACCCGACAUGAGGGCUAGGAGGGAAGCGAAGAAGAGGGCAAAGGCAAUGGGUGUUGGAGGUUCAGGUGGUUUAGUUGAUGGGGUGGUAUGUGAGGAUGAGUUAAGUCGUAGGAAGAGGACUUCGAAAAAGUGUGAAUGUGAGGCCCGUGUUUAUGCUAGAGUGAAUGAAGAUGGCAUGUGGGUGUUGAAGACAGUGCACUUAAAGCAUAAUCACAAGGUUGAUCCGGCAAAUUCUAAGCUUGUGAAGGAGUACCGCAUGAAGCAAAUGACCUCAACAGUGAAGAAGAAGCUGAUGGAUUUCUAUGAGCAAGGUUUACCAAUUUCUCAAAUACACGGUUGCAUGGCGACCGAACGAAACGGUAACAUGGCUCUCACCGUCAAAGAUUUACAACAUGAGGUGUACAAGGCUAGGCGGUUGAAGAUGGUUGGAGGGGACUCGGUGGCAAUGAUGGAGUACUUUGAAAAAAUGCAAUCCGGCAACCAAAAUUUUUUCCAUGCUCAACGUUUGGAUGAAGAAGGGAGGCUUAAGGAUAAAUUGUGGGUGGAUGCAAGAAGUAGGGUAGCUUAUGAGGACUUUGGUGAUGCGGUUUGCUUCGACGCGACAUACCUAACAAAUGAGUACGAUCUCCCAUUUGCGAACUUUGUCGGUGUGAACCACCAUGGGCAGUCGUUGUUGUUGGGAUGUGCUCUUGUUUCACAUGAAGACUGCGAUACGUUUGCUUGGAUAUUCCGACAGUGGCUAGCUUGCAUGAACAACCGAGCUCCUAAAGCCAUUUUGACCGACCAAGCGGCAGCUAUGCGGAGGCCCCUAGCUGAAGUCAUGCCGAACACGGUUCAUCGUUGGUGCAUAUGGCAUAUCAUGAGCAAGAUCCCUGAGAAACUUGGCAAGUGUGCACGUUACCAAGAGUUCAUCAACCCCCUCAAAGAGCUGGUGUAUGAGAGCUUUGACCCCGAGGAGUUCCAAACCCGAUGGGCAGAGUUUAUAGCCGAGUAUAAGUUGGAGGACAAUGAAUGGCUACAAAGCCUACACAAAGAGAGUGGUAUGUGGACCACACAAAGGGUGGAGAGCAUCAAUCGGUUUUUCGAUGGCUAUGUUAACCGCAAAACCAAACUACAUGAGUUUCCUGAAAAGUAUUGCAAGGCCUUGGAUCAACGCGUUCGAGAUGAAGUGAGUGCAGAUGAGCGUUGCUCGAAGUACCUUAGGAGGUUGGUUAGUGGCUUCAAAGUGGAAAAAAUAUUUCAAAAGUUAUACACGGACAACAAGUUUCAAGAAGUUCAAAAGGAGUGUACGAGAAUGAUGUAUUGCAACGUCCGAGGAGAGAAGGUUUUGUCUGAAAACCUUAUUCAGUAUUCGGUGGUCGAUCGUGUAUGGAUAGUACCUCCCGGUGGCGGUGAGGAUGUCAUUACAGAUAGGCGAAGAACCUACAAUGUUACUUUCUUUCCAACGACAAAGGAGGUGUAG